AUGAACUAUACGGCAGAAAACCAACUGGCAGAAAUGUUAAGAGAGUUUCAAUCAAGAAGCAUAGCCAAAGUUAUUCUGUUAUUGGGUGGAUACAUUCUUAUUUUGUGUUUUUUGUUUGUUGGAAACUGUUUAACACUCCUUGUUAUGUUGUUAAAUCCACGGAUGAGGACAAUUCCAAACAUGUUCGUAGCAUCACUCGCUGUUUCUGACCUAUUAUUAGGCCUUUGCAGUUCAGUGCCUUUUGGCAUUCCAGUAUUAGUGACUUCCCAUUGGCUGUUUAACGAUACAGCUUGCCAAUUUCAAGGUUACGUAUCUAUCAUGUUGGUUGUCGCUUCAAUUCACACAUUGGUGUUGAUGGCAGUGAACAGAUAUUAUAGAAUCGUCAAACCAGCAAAGUACCAACGCUACUUCACAAAGAAGAAAACCCUCAUCAUGAUUCUUGUGUCAUGGUUCUCUUCUUUUUGUGCUCCAUUGCCUCACGUGCUAAGUGGAAGAAAAAUGGUCUUUCAUCCUGCCAAGUUCUUCUGUUACUAUGGCAUGGAAAAAAGGACAUACAUGCUUUUUGGUAAUCCGCUUUACAUAGGUGUCCCAACCUGUGUUAUUAUUUACUGCUACUUGAGAAUCUUCUCAACAGUUCGGAAUCACAACAGAAAUGUUCAUCUUCCCGGCAAUCCCAUAAGCUCUGUAAACGUAGAAGAAGUUAAAGUGGCUCGCACCAUAUUUGCAGUUGUGGUGUUUUUUAAUCUUUGUUGGAUCCCAGUCUUAACAGUUAACGUUUUGGACAAUGUAUUCCAAAGAUGGAUCUUCCCUACUGAGGUUUACAUUUUAUAUACGUUUUUGGGCACUUUAAGCAGCGCGGUGAAUCCUUUAAUUUACGGCGUGAUGAACAAGAGUUUCCGUACGAAUUAUUUGAGGGUGCUACGCUGUACUUACUGCCGAUCUCAAGUUGUCGUAGGACCGUUGGUUCGAUGAGGACAAGCGAGGAAGAUGACUUUCGCCUACAAAUAUACAGUUAGAAGACAAUUACCUAAUAAUUUACGUUGCGUCUGACAUGUGAAAGUUGAAAUCAAAUAAUUAGAGACGAUGACAUGACUUGAACACUGUUGAACACGGUCUCCCAGAAUUUAUGUCCAGCACUCUUAUCUCUUAUCCUUUCGGUGUUGGCCAUUCAUUACCUAUAAGAUAUUGUUAAACGAACUACACGAUCAUAAGUUUAAUCAUACCAAAAAGACCUAACUACAAGCUUCUGCAUCAGGAAGUGGUUCGAGUGCGCCUAAUAAUGAAGCCUAUUCGCAUCGUCUAUCGAGACAUAGUUAAUCGUGGAGGCUGGCAUUUUGUGAAAAAAACCGACUGUUUUGCAGUCUAAAUGCAAACUGAAGUUAAUAGAAUCAUGGGUAAAAGAAUGGUGUUGAAUUAGGCGAAAUUUCCCUAACGGAUAAAUGCAAUCCAACCUAGACGUUUCUCUUGUGACAGUUUAUCAUUCACGGCUGCAGGGUCAGUUGAGUUGCAAAUGAGAUUCGUUUUGCAAAUCAUGGAGGGCUUGUGCGGCCCUACAUAAUUAAGAGAAAACACAUGUUUCAGCCCAUUUAUAAGAUAGUCUUUUAACUUAGUCGAAUAGCCAUUUAGGUUUAAAAAACUGUAAAAUGUUCACUUUGACUGCUGUUGGUAGCUCUACUGGACAAGACAGAGCGUUUCCAGCAGAAUCCUCGCGAAAAGUUCUGUUUCGAUGGCCGCGGUUAAAAGAGUUACACUGAUUGCUUGGUCAUGUGGUGCGCCUGCAACCACAAUUCCCAAUGAACUUCAUCUCAAGAAAAACGAGAAUUAUGACGUAAAUAACGAAAGUGUUCGUUAUAUUAACGCCAAUGGACGUAUGAACAGCGACAAAAACCAUAUUCCGCUUAUCUAUGCUAGUUAUACGCUUAGAGUUCUCAAGGGCACCCAAGUUGUAGUAGGACCGUUGGUUCGGUGAGGACAAGCGAGUUCGAUGACUUUCGCUUAAAAAUAUACAGUUCGAAGUGAAAGUUUUAAUACUUUAGGUUGUGUCUUUUAAAAAUCCUUAACUGACAUGUGAAAGUUGACAAAACGUCUUUUCUCUCUUGAACACUGGCUUUCAAAUCACCACCGGGUCAAGUAAGUGACUCCACUCUUCUGCAUAAAGGAGUGGUUCGAGUGCGCCUAAUACUGAAGCCUAGUAUUCGCAUCGUCUAUUGAAGCAUAGUUAACCUGGGAGGCAUCUUUAGGAAUUCAAAAGUUAAUGGGAUCACCACGAGGAAAAGAUAGGUGAUGAAUUAGGCGACAUUUCACUAGCGGAUAAAUGCGUAAGGAAAGAAACAGUGCUUCUAAAACUGUCCCUACAAUACGACCUAGACGUAACUCUUUUGACAUUAGGGAGCUUAAGCAACGACGACGAGCUGAACGUCAACGAGAACGGCAAAAACUCAAUGGGUUAAGAUUAGCAACACAACAAAUUUGCACGUGUAUCACGCUUUUUUUCAACUUUCUUUACCUUCCUGUCACUGCACGACUACGGCGUCAGCCUAGUUCCUAGGCGUUCUCUCUUGCCACGUUGUCCGCGCGAAGUUUGGGAAAGAGCGGGCGAGAGAACGCCGUUCUCGGCGAGUAUCUCUCGGUGAAGUCACAGCUCACGGUAGAGUCCAGGAUUGACCGCGCCGAGAACGCCUAUUAAACACAAAUUUUCUUUAAAAGUGUAAUUGUCAGAAGGAGAAUGAUGCCUUAUGGCGAAUUAUCACUGAUGUUUAAUUUUCUAUGUGUUUUAACGUGAGCAAAUAAAUUUGUAUAGGUUGCAGCAUGAUUUGUAGUGAUAUUAGGCAUAAAUACCGCACGUGUAGCCUGCGUGCCAGGCUCAAAAAGGGGAGGGGAAGGGGGAGGGAGAAAAGCACGAAAGAGGGGAAAGGGUAUUGGGAGCGUCUGCUAUAAGAGCCGGUGUUUUUGUAAUCCGCCCACCAUUUUCUCAACUAAUCCGAUAAUGUCACUGUCAAUACGUGACCAAUCACGAGUACGGGGCUUCUCAGCAUGGUCCGAACUUAAUUACUUUGUUUACCGGAAAUUGUCAAGUUGAGACGCUUUCUUCAAGUGAUAUCAUAAUCGAGCGAAAUGAAACAUUUUUACUGUUCGUGCUACAUGUCUACUGUUCUUGGUUCUCGCUCGUGAAGUUGCUACAUGAUUGGAGUAAUUUUGAUCUUCCAAAGCUUAUGCCAGUCUCUCACACUAAUACUCGCCAGGAUACAAGCCAAUAAGUUACUCAUUACGGCUCAGCCAAUCAGGAAUUUGAAUAAAAGGGGGUUCUAUAGCAGGCGUCCCUUCCCCUCUCUCCCCUACCCCUCCCUUUUUCCCUUUUUCCCUAUCCCCUACCCCUUUCGAUGCCGGCUACGCAGGCUACCGCAAGUGAUAUUUCUAAAUUGUUAUGCGUAAUUUCACGAGCCGUUAGGCCAGUGAAAUUUGAGACAAUUUUGAAAUAUCACGAGUGGUAUUUAUGCCAAAUAUCACGUCCAAUUCAUGCUAUUAUUUGUUUAUACCACUACCCGCAAAAAGGGUUGUAAUUUUCACAUGUAGGUAUUUCAAAUUAAGCUGAAAUACCACUACUAUAAGCCAAUCAAAUAGCAGAAAUUUUUUCGGUAGUAGUAUAAAUUAAUAUAAAAGAGAGGCUUGUAAACGUUAACGUUGAACCUCUCGCAACUUGUACGGUUGCGCACGACGUUUCGUUUCCUAAUUUAUGGUGCUCAACGUGGAAAAUACUCACCUCUUCUAAGCGAUGACUCAGCACAUGGUCUGAUCUCCACAUUAGCUGUUUGUCCGAUCCCUCUCAGGUCGUGCGAAGAACUUUUAAUAACAACAUUAAACUACCUAAUGUAUAUCAUAUACCUUAUAUAUUGCAUGCAAAGCAUUUUCUUCCAACAGGUGAAAGAAAGGAGACCAUCCGUUGUUCCAUUCUCUGUCAGUAGUUCUAUGUGUCGCUGAACAGGGUAGUGUUUUUAAGGGGUGUGGUGUCCUAAAGACCUUUCGGCACCUUAAACAGGGUUCGUUUUAGACCUGAAGCCGCUUAGGUAGGCGGUGAACGUUGGGUAUACACGGUCGACGUCUUCGGUACCGACAAGUUUUUUUUUAAUUAUCAUUUUUUUUAUUUUAUUCUUUUUUUUUUAUUAAAAAAACUCAGUAGCUGAAAAUUCUAUAUACAAAAUGAAAAAAAUCCGGAGAAAUGAUAUAAGUUCGCAUGUCUUGGACAGGGCUGGAAAGAUUUUUGUCUUGAACAGGGUAUGGAUUUAAAGGCACUGGAGGCACACCCCUUCCCAACCUUCUCUUGAAUUCCCUCCCAGAGAUUUUCGUAGCGAAUACCUCCCUGGGUGCUCACUUACAAGAGAUUCCACUGUACUUUUAUAAACAAGCUUGUCAUUAAUCCUUUGCGCUUACUUUAUCUAGCUAAAACUGUUUGAAAGUACUGAAGAUAGAUUGCACAGAGAAGCAACUGGCAGAAAGGUUAAGAGAGUUUAAAUCAAGAAGCAAAGGAAAAGCUAUUCUGGUAUCAAGUUUGUACGUGCCUAUUUUGUUAUUUCUGUUAAACCGACGGAUGAGAACAAUUCCAACAUGUUCGUAG